UUAAAACACACACAGCUGUAUUUUGUGUUUUUGUUCUAACAUCUGUGAGAUUAUUCCAGGCAUCGUUGAAGUCUCAGCCAGGUUGCAGACCACUGGUCUCUACUGCUGGCCUGUUUCACAGCUAAACCCUUAAAUAUCUACUACGGCUCGGACAGUGGCGGCCACAGGCAGACCAGGGGUGCUGCAGGCUCACUGCUCGCUGCCCUGCGUUUCUCCCACUUGUUGCAGUGUGCAGAAAUUCAGCCCAAACACCGUCCUGUAAUGACCUCACAUCCUGUUUUCCCCACUUCCUUGUGAAUGGACCGGUUUGGGACGGUCCGGUCGCAGCGGAGCGUGGACCUCGGAUGUGUGGGCGCGUUCCUUCACCCGCGUUCGGUCCGCGGUGGUAACGGGCUGCAGAGUCAACACCGCCCGGCGAUGCCACGUCCGAUUUACUAGACAAGAGAAGACGCAUCGUUGCUGCACUUCUGACAGAAUGAAGACAAUCGAGGUUAAGCUGAUCAACCAGGGCCAGGAGGAUGAGAUGGAGUUGUGGGGGUACCGGCCCUGUCUGUGGAAGAUAAUCCUGGUGAGUGUAGGUACUGUGUGCUCCGGUGGCCUCUUGCUGCUGCUGCUGUUCUGGCUGCCUGAGUGGGGCGUCAAGGGCACCUGCACACUCACCUCCUUGAAGGACGCUCACACACUGCUGCUCAGGACCACGGAUGAAUUCAGACAGUGGUUUCGAACCAAAGUACAUGUGAUGUUGGCGCCGGGGAAGAAACCCUUUGACACUCUGGACCUGCAGCUGCCAAAUGAACACCACAGCGUCAGCGCUGUACAUGAAGAGCAUCAUGGGAAAUGUGCUUAUGUGCAGCCUGCUCAGAUCCACUACUUCACCCACCACAGCACUAAAUACUACUGGAAUGAUGUGAUACAGAACUUUGAAUUUUAUAGAGGUCUGGAGGAUGUGAGGAUGAGCUGUACAAGCAUCCACUCUGACUACAGCUCUGGGCUUCCUAAAGCACUGCAAGACUACAGGAGGUUGUUUUUCGGGGAGAAUGAGAUCGCUGUAAGAGUGCCCUCUCUCUUCAAACUCCUCAUAAAGGAGGUCUUGAAUCCUUUCUACAUCUUCCAGCUCUUCAGCGUUAUCCUGUGGAGCAUAGAGGGCUACUACUACUACGCUGCAACCAUAGUAUUAAUGUCUGUCAUUUCAAUAGCUGCCUCGCUGUAUACGAUUAAAAAGCAAUAUGUGAAGCUACAUGACAUGGUCGCAACUCACAGUGUGGUCCGUGUUUCAGUGUGCAGAGGAAAUAAAAAUAUCGAAGAGGCCUUGUCGACAGAGCUUGUGCCCGGUGAUGUCAUCAUUAUUCCAGCGAAUGGAAUGAUCAUGUCCUGUGACGCCGUACUCCUCAGCGGAACCUGCAUUGUAAAUGAAAGCAUGCUGACAGGAGAGAGUGUGCCUGUCACCAAGACCAGUCUACCCAGUUCAGGUGAAGAGGCAGCCAGUAGCUACAAUACAGAGGAGCACAAGAGAUACACCCUUUUCUGUGGCACCCAUGUUAUCCAGACCCGCUUCUAUACUGGUGAACUGGUGACAGCUGUUGUGGUCAGAACAGGCUUCAGUACAGAGAAAGGCCAGCUCGUGCGCUCCAUCCUCUACCCUAAACCCACAGACUUCAAGCUGUACCGGGAUGCCUACAUGUUCCUGCUGUGUCUGGUGGGGGUGGCAGGGAUUGGCUUCAUCUACACCAUCGUCCUCAGUAUCAUGAACAAGGUUCCAGCAAGAACCAUCAUCGUUGAAUCGCUGGACAUUUUCACCAUCACCGUGCCCCCAGCCUUACCGGCAGCCAUGACAGCUGGUAUUAUGUACGCUCAGCGGCGCCUGAAGCGGGUCGGCAUCUUUUGCAUCAGUCCCCAAAGGAUCAAUGUGUGCGGUCAGCUUAACCUGGUCUGUUUUGACAAGACUGGUACUCUGACUGAGGAUGGUUUGGACCUGUGGGGUAUUCAGAGGGCAGAAGAUGGCAUCUUUUUUCCACCAGAGCCCAACGCAGCUAAAGAAAGUCUGGUGAACUCCACAUUUGUGGCCUGCAUGACAACCUGCCACUCACUGACCAAGAUCGAGGGCAAACUCUCCGGCGACCCUUUAGACCUUAAGAUGUUCAGGGCUACAGGCUGGAUCCUAGAGGAGCCCACAGAAGAGGAAACUGCACUCCACGAUCUCAUAAUGCCCACAGUUGUGCGACCUCCACAGCACGCCGUCCCCACAGCAAAUCAAAACAGUGAAAUAACUCAGAACACGGAGCUGCCUGAAUUAUCAUCCUGUGAGAUUGGUAUCAUGCGUCAGUUCCCUUUCUCCUCGGCGCUGCAGAGGAUGAGCGUGGUGGUCAGGAGGUUGGGAGGAAAAUACAUGGAGGCCUACUUGAAAGGAGCACCAGAGAUUGUGGCCAGCCUCUGUAAACAGCACACAGUCCCACAGACUUUUACAGAGACUCUGGAGACCUACACCAGGAAAGGCUUUAGGGUCAUUGCCUUGGCACAUCGACAACUGGAGUCCAAACUUUCCUGGCACAAAGUCCAGAGCCUCAGCAGGGACCUAAUAGAGACCAACAUGGAGUUCCUUGGUUUGAUCAUCAUGCAGAACAAAAUAAAAGAUGAGACGGCAGGGGUUUUACAUCAGUUACGACAAGCUAAUAUCCGCACUUUGAUGGUUACAGGUGACAACAUGUUGACAGCCAUAUCGGUAGCUCGAGACUGCGGGAUGGUGCCUGCACAUGAGAAGGUCAUUAUAGCAGAUGCUGUGCCUCCUAAAGAUGCCCACCCUGCUAGUAUCACGUGGCAUUACACAGAAAACAUUACUCAGACUGCCAAGGACAGUCAGACUGUGGAGAUCGACCUGGGCAAAGGGAUAUAUGAGAAGCAGCAGACUCCACAGGAACAAAACUAUCACUUCGCUGUCAGUGGCCGAGCCUUCAGUGUCAUCACCGAGCACUUCCCUCAACUUGUCCAGAAGCUCAUGCUGAGAUCCACUGUGUUUGCCCGCAUGUCUCCAGACCAGAAGACUCAGCUGGUGGAAGUGCUGCAGAGCAUAGAUUACAUUGUUGGGAUGUGUGGUGAUGGUGCUAAUGACUGUGGUGCUCUGAAGAAAGCUCACAGUGGGAUUUCUCUGUCAGAGCUGGAGGCUUCUGUUGCUUCACCCUUCACUUCCUCCACCUCAAACAUCUCCUGUGUCCCCAACCUCAUCAGGGAGGGUCGGGCUGCCCUCAUCACGUCCUUCUGCGUAUUCAAGUUUAUGGCGCUCUACAGCAUCAUCCAGUACCUGAGUGUCACCUUGCUCUACUCGAUUCUCAGCAACUUGGGAGAUUUCCAGUUUCUCUUCAUUGACAUGGCCAUCAUUCUCGUCAUUGUCUUUACAAUGAGUCUGAACCCAGCGUGGAAGGAGCUGGUGUGUCGUCGUCCACCGUCCGGUCUGAUCUCAGGCCCGCUCCUCUGCUCAGUUCUGACCCAGAUCCUCAUCUGUAUGCUCUUUCAGGUCCUAGCCUUCCUUUUAGUGCAACAGCAAAGCUGGUAUGAGAUAUGGACACCUCAGUCAAAUGCCUGCAAUGUUUCCGCUCUCUCUUCCGGCCUGAAUGUAACAGCCCCUCGUGACCCCAAAAAUAUCAGGAACUAUGAAAACACCACCGUCUUUUACGUCUCCUGCUUCCAGUACUUGGCCGUGGCCGUCGUCUUCUCAAAGGGAAAGCCCUUCAGACAGCCAAGCUACAAGAACUGGCUCUUCAUGCUGUCCUGUACCAGCCUGUAUACGUUUCUCCUCUUCAUCAUGCUGCACCCCGUUCCUGCCAUCGACAACUUCCUGGAUAUCGUGUGUAUUCCUCAAGACUGGCGCAUUAUGCUGGUCAUCAUUGUCACAGUGAAUGUGGCUGUGUCCUUCCUGCUGGAGAUUGUGAUCUUUGACAUCAUGCUGUGGAGACUGGUUGUCAGAGGCAAUCAGGGGUUAAAUCACCCCACAGAGUCCUCCUCUGCUGACACACCUCAGGAAGCCAUUGAUCGCUGGGGCUCGCUUUUCCUCUCCCGGUUGUUGUGUCGGAGAAACAAGCCCCCAAAGAUGUGCUACAUGCACCUGGCUCUGAAGCUGCAGGAUGACACCAACUGGCCCCCGAAACCUUUCACUGUCACCUAUGCCAGUGAUCCACAGUCCCACAUCUCCACUACCCUCUGACACCAAUAUAACCAACAAGCAAACUACUGCACAGACUAAAACUAAAACCCAACAAGCCUGCAUGCUGAGUUGGCUGGAGAUGAUGUUUGCGAGAUGUGGAUACUGCUGGACACCAGUGACCAAUCCAGGAGUUUCAUGAAAGCAAAGCCUUAAAGUGCAACAACUGACACUGUAAGCUGCUCAUACAUAAAGUUUUCUUUCAUUUUGAUUCACCUCAUCAAAAUAGGCACUUGGAUUUUAGCCGCACUGUUGCGUUAUGCUACUGAAACUUGAGCCAAUGGCCUCUGUUAAAGGAAUAGUUAAAGGUUUUGUCCUUUACUGCUGCUGGAACACUGGAAUUUCCCCACUGUGGGAUCAAUAAAGUUCUACCUACCUACCAACAAUUAUUCACAUUACCACCCUCAUGUCUGUAUGUUAUAUAUGAAGUUUCGGCCAGCAGCUGCUAAUUUUAAGCUAGUUUGUCAUUUUUAUCCUGCAUUUUCAAAGUUUAUAUCUUCUGAGCAAUUUGGCGCUACAGCUGUCACCAUCCUUAUUGUGUGUCACCAUGAUUAUAGGUGGUGUUCUCAUCUGUCAUGAGGUUUGUGGAAACGACCACUUAUUUAUAUUCACACAGUGCCCAUAGGGUAAAUCCCAGUUCUCUUAUUUUAUCAUUCAUUAACUGAAUCUGAAGUUGUUCUGGUCCACCAUCUUGAAGGACAUCCCAAAGCUCUGGUUUCUCUUCUGAGGAGUGAGGCAACUACCUGCAGGGGAUAUGACUGAGGAUACAUGACUGCAUGCUUCAUGGAAGUCCUUUAUAAACUGACAUGUUCUUUAUUGUAAAUCAGUUAUUGUUUCUUUGCUGAAGAUGAAGUAUCAGAGGACAGGAUGUCUCAUGUCUGUAGAAACGUGUUUCCUCAAAUCCUUGCAUUUUCUCCUUGCAUCUUUCCCUCAUACUUUGUGUGGUCAGGACUGAGACACAAGUAAGGGAAAUAUGGAUGCAAUUAAGAGAAUUGGGAUUAACUCCAUAGGUUAGGUAUAAGGUAUAAAGGCUAGGGAAUCUUAAUUACCUUAAUUUAUUAGUCGUCAAUCCCCUUUUGACCCGGAAGUCGUUCUGGUAUGCCACGAAGAAGGAUGUCCCAAAGCUCUCAUUUCUGCUCUGAAGAACAAGGAAGCUGCCUGAAGGAGCUUCCAUCCAUCCAUCCAUUUUCUAAACUGCUUAGUCCCAAUCGGG